AACCAACGUGUUUGUACUCCAGUAGAAUCCAACUUUAAAGUUUUAAACAAUCAUUAUCACUUCCGGAUGCUGUCAACAGUAGUCAGCAGUUAGAAUGUUUUCAACAGAUUUAUUUAUAAUUUGGUUCUCCGUUACUUCUGAGCACCGAGGGACCGCCGAGACGCAAAGCCUACGUUCAAUGCCGUUGGAACAUGUCCUAUGUUCCCUUUCAAGAUGCAAGGUGUGCCGUCCCCCCCUCCUAUCAUCAUCACCAUCAUCGCUCCCAAGCCCACUCCUUCCACGCUCCCUCGUACGACCGUCCCGUUCACGAACGUCCCAACUACGACCGUCCGCCCCUCAACCGUCCUUCCUUCAACCGUCCCUCGUUCAACCGUCCCUCGUUCAACCGUCCUUCUUUCGACCGCCCAUCGUUCGACCCUCCCUCGUACAAACUUCCCUCGCAAGAGCGUCCCAUCUACGAGCGCCCCUCACACGACCGUUCAUCCCACGACCGCUGGAACCCCCAUCUCAGUGUGAGCCCCGGAAAUCAGAGCUACAUGUUGGACCAGGAGGAGGUACACCCUUUGCUGAUGCGCGAGAGGCGCUCAGAGUCUCACAGGAACAAGCUGCUGCGGCGGACAGUCAGCGUUCCUGUUGAGGGACGGCACCAUCCCGAGAUGGAUCAUCGAGCCCGGCGGAAGAGCAUAGCCACUGGGAAGCAGCCCAGCAUGGAGAUCCCUCCCAGUGCCCCAAUUCAACCCUUCCGACAAUCCGUGAGUAACCCUCCCUGUUCCCGGCCUCGCUCGCUGCCCCCGACCCUAUCUCUCUCCCUCCUCCCGUCUCCCGCCCUGGGCCCGCCACACUCCUGUUGUCGCAGGGCCAGCGGGACCCCGCCUUACCCUUUCCCCCUCUCCCUGGCUGUCGCCCCAUCACAUACCCUUGACCGGCAGAAGCAGAAAAAGGGCUCCAAAAAAGGGCCGGGCACGCCCCCCUUGCCCCGCUCGCUGCCCAUCUCCCUGUGCUCCUCCCUAUCCCUCACUCUGCCCCACUCGCCUGCCUCCUUGUCCUCUACCUCCCCCUUUUUGUACUGGGGCGGAGACUGGAGGGCUGCCAGUUCGAGUCCAGUGGCAGGAGGGACGUUUAUUUCACCACUGCCCCCCGUUGAGAGCUUUCUCAGCAGAAGGUUGAAGGGCUCGAUCAAGAGGGCUAAGAGUCAGCCCAAACUGGACCGAACCAGCAGUUUCCGCCACAUGAUCCUCCCCCGCUUCCGCAGUGCCGACCAAGACAGGACCCGUUUGAUGCAGAGCUUCAAAGAGUCCCACUCCCAUGAGUCCUUGCUGUCCCCCAGCAGCGCUGCCGAGGCGCUGGAUCUCACCCUGGACGAGGACGCUGUUAUCAAACCUGUCCACUCGAGCAUCCUGGGACAAGAGUACUGCUUUGAGGUGACUACGGCAUCGGGAACCAAGUGCUUUGCGUGUCGCUCAGCUGCAGAGAGAGACAAAUGGAUCGAGAACCUGCAGAGAGCUGUCAAGCCCAACAAGGACAACAGCCGGAGGGUGGACAAUGUGCUCAAACUGUGGAUCAUCGAGGCCCGCGAGCUUCCAGCCAAGAAACGCUACUACUGCGAACUAUGUCUGGACGACAUGCUGUACGCACGCACCACCAGCAAACCCCGCACCGAUACCGUUUUCUGGGGCGAGCACUUUGAGUUCAACAACCUGCCAGCUGUCCGCAACCUACGCCUUCAUCUAUACAAGGAGACAGACAAGAAGAGACGCAAGGAAAAGAGCACAUACUUAGGACUCGUCAGCAUCCCCAUCUCAAGCAUCACUGGACGUCAGUUUGUGGAGCAGUGGUACCCAGUAAUCCAGCCCAGCGUCCUCACAAAGGGAGCCGGUGGCGGGGGCGGGAAGAUCAUCAACGCAUCCCUACGCCUCAAAUCACGCUUCCAGACCAUGAACAUCCUGCCCAUGGAACUGUACAAGGAGUUUGCAGAGUACGUCACCAAUAACUACCGCACCCUGUGUGCAGUGCUGGAGCCCGUGCUGAGUGUCAAGAGCAAAGAGGAAGUGGCCUGUGCAUUGGUGCAUAUACUGCAGAGCACAGGAAAAGCUAAGGACUUCCUGUCAGACAUGGCGAUGUGCGAGGUAGACAGAUUCAUCGACCGAGAACACCUUAUCUUCAGAGAGAACACUCUGGCCACCAAAGCCAUAGAAGAGUACCUCAAACUGAUCGGACAUAAGUACCUCAAGGACGCUAUAGGGGAGUUCAUAAGGGCCUUGUAUGAGUCAGAGGAAAAUUGCGAAGUGGACCCCAUGAGAACCCCACCCUCUGUGCUCCCCGACCACCAAGCCAAUCUCCGAAUGUGCUGUGAACUAGCACUCUGCAAGAUCUUUAACUCCCAUUGUGUUUUCCCUCGAGAGCUAAAGGAAGUGUUUGCCUCAUGGAGAGUGCGUUGUGCUGAAAGAGGUCGGGAAGACAUCGCUGACCGUCUCAUCAGUGGUUCCCUCUUCUUGCGCUUCCUGUGUCCUGCCAUCAUGUCCCCAUCGCUCUUCAACCUCACCCAGGAGUAUCCCGAUGAACAGACGUCUCGUACACUCACCCUUAUCGCCAAAGUGGUGCAAAACCUGGCUAACUUCUCCAAGUUUGGCAAUAAAGAAGAGUACAUGUGUUUCAUGAAUGAGUUUUUAGAGACGGAGUGGGGCUCCAUGCAGCAGUUUCUGUAUGAGAUCUCCAACCUGGACAGUGUGAGCAAUGCGGGCGGCUUUGAGGGAUACAUCGACCUGGGCAGGGAGCUGUCCAUACUGCACAGUCUCCUCUGGGAUGUCAUCGCUCAGCUCAGCAAGGAUGCCAUCAUCAAACUGGGUCCCUUACCCCGCCUCCUGAAUGACAUCAGUAUGGCCUUGCGUAACCCUCACCUCCAGAGGCAGCCCAGCCAUCAGACAGACAGGGUGGUGGAGCGGCAGGCAGACAGGCUGCUGUCCCGGCCCAGCUUCAACAGGGGCAUCUCGUCCGAGUUCCAAACUGUCAUGAUGAGGGAUCUGAAUAGCUCUAUAGAUAUCACUCGCUUGCCUUCCCCCACCUCCACCGGAGGGGUCAUGCCAUCCCGCUCCCAGAUAAAUUUCCAGGACCGUGACCACCUCCAUCGAGUGCCCUCCAAAGACAUGUUUUACGUAUCCCGUCCUCCCUUGGCCCGAUCCAGCCCGGCCUACUGCACAAGCAGCUCGGACAUCACAGAACCAGACCCUAAGGAUUCCCGAAUGAACAGCGUGUCUAACCUGCAGUCGGUGGACAUGCUCAACUCCUCCCAGGCCUCCAUCGCCGGCAUGGGCAGCUUCGGGGGGCUGAGCAGCGGAGGCGGUGGCGGCCUGGGGUCCGGCCUGAGCAGCCAGCUGCGGGCCGGUGGGAGGUUGUCAGCUGGCUCUGGCGGCUCCAGCAUGUCCGGCGGCCUCCGGCUGAGCCAGCUGAGCCAGAUGGGCAACACCACCGACUCGCUAUCCCAGCAGCAGCAACAGCAGGCCGCCGCCAUGCGCUACCCGCUUUCCUUCCAGAAUCCCCUCUUUCAUCUGGCGACUGCUGAUGGGCCCCAACAGCAACAGCUCCACCAUCAGCACAGCCGGGCUCCACCGCCAGCGCCCCUGCUCCUGACCCCAGAGCCCGAUCCCUCUCACCCGACCUACAUGCCACAGUUCGCCCAUGGGGGGUUCUCUCGCAGCGAGGACCUGUCUACCCUCAGGACCAGGGACGGUCACCUGGGCCAACCCAGCAUCAUCCACUCACACAGCUACAGCGACGACUACAGCAGGGCUGACUACGGACGCAGGCAGAUGUCCAUGCAUGUGCAGGAUAACCUCCAACCACAACAACAAAUGAUGGGUAUGGCCAACCAGACAGGAACCUCCCACUCCUCCCUGGCCGCCACGCCCCCAUCCACAGUCCAACCCGUGCGUCAGAGUUCUGUCGCCCCGCCUCCCACCCAGCGCGUCAGGUCCCAGACGUCGCAUCAGCUGUCCGUCAGUGCAGCUGCUGCACCUGCUGCUCUGGCAAAGACACGGCCACCGAGCGGGAAUCUCCUCCAGUCGCCGGAGACGGGCUACGCCGGCCGGCAGCACGGGCCACGGCAGCUGUCUGUCAAAGACAACACCGCCCCGGGUCUGCCCCACCAGCAGAGCUCUGUCAGGGAGAACCAGAGUCCGCAGGGAACCACCAGUCAGAGUGCUCAACAGUCACCACAGCAGCAGUCUCAGCACCUGCUCAAACCCACCAUGAGCAAACAGGGCUCCCAGACUCCAUCCACUCUCAAUCCCCCGACCCCAGCCAAUGAACGAACAGUGGCCUGGGUCUCCAACAUGCCUCAUCUGUCGGCUGAUAUUGAAAGUUCGCGGAUUGACCGUGAAGAGUUCAAACUGAAGGAGUACUCAAAGAGCAUGGAUGAGUCACGCAUGGACAGGGUAAAGGAGUACGAGGAGGAGAUCAACUCCCUGAAGGGCCGCCUGAUGAUGUCCCACCAAAAGCUGGAGGAGUACGAGCGGAGGCUCCUCACGCAGGAGCAGCAGACCAAUAAGAUCCUCCUACAGUACCAAAAUCGACUCGAUGACAGUGAGAGGAAGCUACGGCAACAACAAGUGGAGAAAGACUCCCAAAUUAAAGGAAUAAUUAGCAGACUCAUGGCUGUGGAGGAUGAGUUAAGGGGAGGACCCGUGAUUGAGCCAAAAACCAGGAUUUUCCCUGAUCAGGAAAACCAGCUUUCCUCCCUGGGUUCAGCAGACCCCGGUGUGAGAACUGAAGGUGGAGGGGGAGGUGGAGGUGGAGGAGGAGGAGGAGGAGCGCUAAACGACGAACAAGGCCUCCAAGUUUCUUCCUCGGGCAUUUCCUCUGACAGCUCGCCCCACAAUGGAGUCCUCCCCCAAACUGUAAACCCUCCCUCUCUGCCCACUCCUCAUCAACAUCCUAGUCAGAAUGGAGAGCUCCCUGGCAACCAAACAUCCUCCCCCAUGACAACCUCACAGGCAACUGGAACCACGGCAACAGCAACUACAGUCAUAGCAGAAGAAGGGGGAGUAGGUCAAACACAACACUGAGCCAAAUCAGAGAGAGGUGACACACAGCUGCCCUCGCCUUUUCCCCAUUUAGACAAUUUAAACCAAUGCCCUGAAAAUUAUCCACUGUAGAUAUUCUUAUUCCCGUGGCAAGAGAGAGAAGAAAAAGUGUGCAGGAGACGAGUCGUAAUCAUACAGUUACUGUACAGUGCAUAUCACAUGAACACACAACACAAAGGGCUCUUCACUGGACACUUGUUCUCUUGAUGCUCACAUGGAGCUUCAGUAAGUAUCGGUCUUGCAGGACAAGAUAACGAUACCUUAUCACGUAACUCUUAGAAUUUGUCAAACAAAGCUUUUGACAUACAAGUCGAGAUGUGAACACCUGCUCUGUGCACUCAUUGCCCGGCUGUGGCUUCAUGAGAAAUUAAUACAUGUAAACAACAAGCACUAUAGAAUGUCUUGCAACCCAAAGACUUCAUAGUAGCCAUUAGCAAGUGCUAUAAGCUAGCUUAUAGUAGCCCUUGACUCCCGUGGAUGUAGUAGGUGCGUUAAUUUUACCUAUCCUGAACACGCCAGGCUGCAAAUUGUGUAGGUAGAGAUGUGGUAGUCUGGCUUUCUUAGUGCCUUUGAGUGUUUUUCAACAGGGUUUUCCAAUAGAGAUCUGAUACAGAGGUAACAGAUGGAGAUACAAGUUAGCUUUGCUAGUAACAGGAUUGAUCUUUGGGCUGAAAACUGAGAGUCAAAGUCACAAGAUCAAGCGUCUUAGAGGUUUGAGUGACGGAAGACUUUUUGGGGAACUUUUUUUGGGACUUCUUGUUUUUUUUGGACUGAGCUUUUGCAAUUUUUCUCUUCUCAAUCUCAGAACCGAUAUGUGAUAAACUGGUGCUAAACAGAAACAAAUGGUGCCAUUUUCCAGGUCAAAUGUUUGUGUCUGCCAUAGCACUGCCUCUUUCAUGAUUCACUCACUGUCUUUUCUCUCUUUCUCUCUCCUGCGAUUUGUCUUUGACAGGACUUUAAUGCUCCAGUAUGUCUUCUAUGUGUCUUUGUCUUUGUUUUUUGUGCAUCCUGUUGUGUUCUUAUGUCCAAAGGGAUUGUCUGGGUUUCCAUAUCUGUGUUUUAGAAGCGCACUCCUCCAAUCUCUGGUUUUAUUCACAGUUAAUGAAAGCAGCUCCAGGCUCAAAUUUGAUGGAUUAUCUAUUGAGCGGGUUAUUUCAUAUUUGUAAAGACCCAGCCCCAAAGUGCUCAAUUUUCACAGAGAACUAAUACUAUUAACAUUGAAUGAAGUUCCUUUGAAUGAAAUGGAUGAAUGACGUUUUAAGGUUAUUUUCUGUUAAUAAGUGUUGGUCCAUUGUUUUCAUAUAAAGAACAUAAACGGUGCCAUUUAUAUUAGUAUAGUAUCUAAAACAUUAUUAAGUACAUUAAAACAUUUAAAAAGAAAAAAAUUCAGAGCUUUCACCAAAACUAAUUAUGCAGCUUAAUCAUUGUCUCCUUGGGUUUUGAUUUAGGUUACAUUUAUCAGCUUUUAUUACACACAAUGCCACUGUUGCAUGAUACUAUUAUCUUGUGUGAAAAGACCAUUUCAACCAUUUAGGUUUGCCUGCCAUGAAGUGCCUGGGAUACAUAUAUUGAGCAUCCUUUGGCCAGUAGACUAGCUAGUCAUCGACCAAAUGUACAUAAUAAUGCCUUGCUUAAGAAAAUAAGACAUCAAUAUAUAGCACCCCUGAUGCUUGAAAUAACGUAUUUAUUUGUGUAGUUUCCAUAAUAUGAAGUUUAAAACAAAAGAGUGGCAUCUAUUUCUAAAACCGUUUUAUAACAGCAUUCAAUUAAAAGACGUUCAGAGUACAUUUUAAGAUUAAUGUAUGAUGUGUUGAUGAAAUGAACUCUUCAGUUGUCAUGUGUCAAAUGCUUAAAACCCAAGUCUUUGAAAUGUUUGUAUUGUGUUUCCAUAUUGCUUCAUUUUGUGUAUGAACUGUCUGUUGUAAGUUUUGUCUCGAUGUAAACUUGUUUUUGUCCUUGUAGCCUCGCACACUGGUGUCACUCUAAAACAACUCAGCUUGUUUAAACGUGCAGGUUGAAGAGUUGAAGAGUCUCACAUCAGCUUUGUGCCAGCCAUUUUUUUUUUCUUCACUUUUAGGGUGAACAAACUACUUUUCAGUGUCAGAGAUCAGCGCUAGCACUUUGUAGGCAAAUGCUAGUGGAUUAGCUUAAAUUCAUACUCUCAAUGAAUGUUUAACUGUUGAACCACAAAAUGUUAAUAAUGCUAGCAGGGGAAGAUUGUCUUCUAUUUAGACAGCUCGUAGGGCUACUUUUUCUUGUGAAAUUACUUGUGUGUAAAGAAUGUUGGAUUUAAAAGCGCUCUAGGUUUGAACGUCACUAUCUUUUCAGAGAUGUGAGAUUAUCCGUGAUUGAGAAAUUAACAUUGCUGUGAAAAUACCUCAGUGACUCAGGUAAACAAGCAGUUGCCUCAGAGCUGAACACAAAAACUAUAUAAAAGAGAUGAGUCCAGCUUUGGAAAGACUGCCACCAUGCAGAUACUCGGUCUCAAGCUAUGCUUCAAUAGCACCUGAUCAAGCACCCUCCCCCGUUUCUUCUCUCUCUCUGUCUACCCUUUUUUUCUCCCCCCAGCCACUCUCAAAGCUUCAUGGAGGACAAUGUGGAACGUAAAUGGCUGAUGCACCAUCGGCAGUCCGCAGGGUGGCAUAGCCAAAUGUCCAGAGCCCUCUCUCGUGACGCGAUUGGCUGACAAAGGGAGAACUUGGGGCAUUGGUCCCAUUCUCUUUGCUCAAAGGAUGGUGCAGAGCCCCAGCGGACCAUGUAAGGAAAUGCUGGGUUUUUUCUUUUUUUUUUUUUUACUUUACUUGGGCUCUCUCUCUCUCUGAUUUGAUAACAAGAUUUUUUAAAUGUGUUUGACGCCUCGGGUUGGAUCUACAAUUCACUUUUAAAAGGUAGGCUGGACACAUAUUGGUGUUUGUUAGCCUGCCGAGCAUGCAAAGAACAGCUAUGCAGUCUGAUCAAGCAAAACGGAGGAACACAAAUGCCAAGGAAGGCGUGUUGCCCAAAAAUGAGAGAGAGGGGAGGUGUAUUAUGGGUAUGAUGUAUUUCAAAGGUGCUUGACUUCUCUUCAAAUUCAGUCAAAGCUGAUUUACUUUCAGAGCAUUUAUUUAUCUCAAUCUCUCUCUCUCUUAUAGUCUUUUCAAAUUACCCUUUGACUCCUCUUCAUCUACUCACUCUUUAUCUAUGAAGGAUUCUCAAAGCAUUAUUUAACCACUUCAUUUUUAUUCCGAUUUAGACACACUUGGUCUCUUUCUUUAUUCAUAGUUUUCCGUUGGAUCUCUUUCCGACUUUGAGUUUAGAUGAAACUAAAUAUGCACAGCCUAAUACAACAAAUGAAACUGCUUCAGAACAAAACUCUUGCUUCAAUGAAGACUUUGAAAAACCGGACAGAAUGUUAUUAUUUAUAUUUCUAUGAUAUUGCUUAUUCUUACAAUAGUAUUUAAAAAGAACUCUUCGUCAGAAAUCUUCCGGAGCAGAUAUUUAUUUCUUGAUAAAGAUAGAUGCCUCUAUCUAAUGGAAGUUCAUAAAUAAUCCAUUUUAUAUGAAGCAAGUAUUCUUACUCAGACAAUCUUGUGGAGAGUAUCGUUGCCCUAAAGGACUGUGAAGAAAGGGACAAACUUGUGUUUUACCUACUCCCCUCGCAGCAGUUUGCACGUUGCUGUGACCUGUGCCCCCCCACCCGCCUUCCUGUUGGUUAUAAUCAUUCGAAACAAAAAAAGAAAAAGUGGACGGAUGUUUCUCGCCCAACAAUCGCCAUGGAGCUCUCCAUUUACGGACGAUGUGAAAGUCUUCGAUGAGGACAUUCUUAUUGUUUUGUACUCCACUUUCAAAUAUCUGUCUGUAGAGUUUAACCGAGCAGAGGAUGAAAUCUUGGUUUCAGUGUGGCCUCAUUUUUGCAGUCAAAUUGCUGUAAAACUCCCCAUUCAUUUCAAUGGAUGGACCCCAUUGACACCGGUCUGAGUUGAAAUCCCUGCCACUCGCACUUAUGACUGAACCGACGACAGAGAGAGAUAUGUUAGAGGUCCUGCUGAAACGAGUGAAUGUGUUUGUACAAAAGUGUGUGUACUGGCUAAAUCUUUGUGUAUAUACUGGAUAAAUGUGUAUAUAUGGUAUGUCUAUGUGUAUAUACAGUUUGUUUCUAUAUGCAGAGUGUACAGUUAUUUUUCCUCUAAUGUUUCUCUCUCUUUCUAUGACUAGGUCUUCUCAAGUCACCAAUACUGAGGCAUGGAAAGGUUUUUAAAUGUACUGAGCUAUCAGAGGCACUUAGGGCACAGACUUAGAAUACCAGCCAGGUCUGUCACUUAGUUGCAUUCUUAAAGCUCUCACACAAGAAGUUACUCACAUAAUCUUAAGCUUGCACUCAUUUUCUGACCAACUCAAAAGCUUUUCUAAGUAGAUUUGGGUGACCAAGCAAUGUUUGUACAUAUAUAGACUAAGACAAUUUUUCCAGAGACCUCCAUCUGCAUUUCUUUGAAAAUUCUCGACCUGUUUUGAGUUCUUACGUAUCUGACUUUCACUUUAGGUUCCUAUGGUAUAUGUUUGCAACGGUUGUCAUUCAGAGUUAUAUAUUUAUUCCGACAACCCUUAUAUAUUUCUUGAAAUUUUGUUCCCCAAAUUCUGCCUUUCAUGGAGCCCUCUAACCUUUCGUUAAGAUUUGGUUAGACUGGCAAAACCUUCCAUGAAAGUAUACUGUCAUUACCUAACACUGCUUGUUUUUGUAUAGGUCCUUACUAAAUAAGUGUGCCUCCCCCCUUAUACUCUAACUAACCAUAGCUCCAUUUAAUCCUCUGGUCACUCAUCUUCAUACCCCUUGACAAGCCAUAGCCCCCCCCCACCCCCACCCCCCCAAAAAAACUCCUCUAUUGUUGUUUUGACAGGACAGACAUUUGGGGAUUUUGUGUAUAUUAAUGGAAGAGUGGUGUUGAAGAGUGUAUUGCAGUUGUAUAUGGAUUUGUUAUGAAUGUGGAUAUUCUGAUAUCAUUGAAUUAUUAUUGUAAUAAUGAUAAUAAUUAUUGCCACUUUGAUUUUGUUGAUUGAUUAAGAUGCCAUUGUUCCUUCUUUUUUUUUUUUUGGAAUACACCGGAAAUUAUAUUUUUCGGGUGGGUGAAUCUGGAGAU